UUUCACCAUGAAAGUCAUAAAGAUUACAGUCACUGAAGUAAUUAGUUAAGAUUGACUCUGGAAAUGAGGAUGGACUGGCGGUGGAUGGUUCCUUUGUUUGUGCUUGGGAUUAGAGCAGAGACUGAUGUAAUGGCGAGCCCGGAGGUAAACAACAGCCAACAGGAGGUCCCUGAUAAUGUAUACACCGACAUUGGAUCCACCAGACAGAAGAUCAUGACGGCACAGUUCGAGUGCUAUCAGAAGAUAAUAAAUGACAACAGCAAUGUUAAAGCAGCUGGCCUGAUAUGUAACCGAACGUGGGACGGGUGGCUGUGCUGGGACGACACAGACGCGGGUGUCAUUGCUCACCAGCAUUGUCCUGACCACUUCCACGACUUUGACAUCACAGAACUAGCCACUAAAGUGUGCAUGGAUGAUGGCCAGUGGUUUAUUCAUCCAGAGAGCAACAGGACAUGGACGAAUUUCACCAGAUGUAAUGUGCACAGUAAAGAAACCCGAAUGACGACAAUAAACCUGCUGUACUUAGCACUGAUAGGACACGGACUGUCCCUGAUCUCCCUGUUAAUUUCGCUUGGGAUAUUUUUCCAUUUUAAAAGUUUGAGCUGCCAGAGAAUCACCCUGCACAAAAACCUCUUCAUUUCUUUUAUUUUAAACUCUAUCAUUACUAUAAUCUGGUUAACGGGCGUGGCCAGCAACCAGGAACUAGUGCAGAGCAAUCCGACGAGCUGUAAAGUUUUGCAGUUUAUUCAUCUCUAUCUUAUCGGGUGUAACUACUUUUGGAUGCUGUGCGAAGGAAUUUACCUCCACACGCUCAUCGUUGUAGCCGUAUUCGCCCAAAAACAGCAUUUAAAGUGGUACUAUCUUCUCGGAUGGGGCUUUCCACUUUUACCAACAACAAUACAUGCCGUAGCGAGAAGUUACUAUUAUGAUGACAAUUGCUGGAUCAGUUCAAACACGUCUCUGCUGUACAUCAUCCACGGGCCGAUCUGUGCCGCGCUGUUGGUGAAUCUCUUUUUCCUGCUUAACAUCGUGCGCAUCCUCAUCACCAAGCUGAAGGUGACGCACCAAGCCGAGUCGAGUCUGUACAUGAAGGCCGUGCGUGCCACCCUUAUUCUCGUCCCACUGUUGGGAAUCCAGUUCGUCCUCCUGCCUUAUAAACCUGCAGGACGGGUCUUCUCUGAGAUCUAUGACUACAUCAUGAACAUCUUAAUGCAUUAUCAGGGUCUUCUGGUGGCCACCAUCUUCUGCUUCUUUAAUGGAGAGGUACAGAGUGUGUUACGGAGACACUGGAAUCAGUAUCGGAUGCAGUUUGGCAACGCGAUGGCUAAUGCCGAGGCGCUGAGAUCGACGUCCUACACAGCCUCGUCCAUCACCGAGGUGCAGGGCUGCUACAGCAUCGACGGCCACAGCGAACACUUAAACGGCAAGAGCUGUCUCGAAACUGAUAAAUCUGAGAACUCUUUCAACUGAGCAUGUCACUGAACAUGGCGAGACUGCAUUCUGAUCGUCUUCGGGUUACCGCUGCCAGAGUCCCAUGACUGCACCUGUCCAGAAUUCUCUGCCGAUGCAUGAUGGAAGUAAUUUGGAAAGGAAGGUUUACCGCACCGCUCUCACACUGCCUUAUCUUACACAACGCUUACUAAAUAGAUACUCUGUAAGAACAGAGAUGCUUUGAUCAUCCAGAGUGUUAAGCGUUAGUUAGUCUUCUAAGCAUAGAAACCAUUGGCAAGUGACAUUCAAGUAAUUAACACUAAUUUCUGUAGGUAAUAUAUGUUACACUAAAUGACACUUUUAAAUAUUCUAAUCCUUUCAGGGAAACUCAAUUGCCUGGGAAAAUUGUCAAUAUGAGAAUAUCUGACGCACCAAGCAAGAGUUAUUGCAUCAUACGAUAUACCAGCACACUGUCAUAGUUAGAGUCGUUAAUAGUUAAGAAUACUGAUUCAUUGAAAUUAUAAAGACAUUUUUCAUAGGACUGCAGAUAUGUAGCUGUACUACUGCACUGGUAAUUUUACAGCUUACAAUGAUAAUCUUGUUUACUUAAGUUAACUGUUAUAUAAUCAGUGAUUUAUUUAAACAAUGCACAUCUUAAUAAAUUAUAAUUCUAAUUAAGAAUGUAAAAACAUUUCUGAAUAUUUCCUGUUAUAUGAUUACAGUAAACCGAAUAUACACUGUAGGCUCAGUGAAACCAUUUCUAGCCAUUAUUGAUCAUUUUAAGUAAGUAAAUCUGUUGCUAGAUAAUAUUUUGCUCUAUAAAUCUAUGCUUAAAAUUAAAAGAUUACAUUGCCUGGCCAAAAAAAAGAACAAUCAUUUCAGUUAAGCAAUUUCUUGAUGGUGAGACUCAUCAGGGGAAAAAAAGUGCAUUGUGAUCGGAUUAAUAUUCCCUUGGAAGUAUGCUCCACAGGGUGUUUUGCCAUGUCGAGGGCGAUUCCAAACCGCAGGAAGCGAUACUGUUCAGUUAGAAUAAAACUAUAACUGCUGUAGGGAAAGAGUAAACAUUGGGUCUUCAUUUCAGUGGAAGUGGACAUGAAAAAAAUUCCCAUCACGAAAAAAAUGGCGACCACCAAGUUGUCACUGUUGGGCCCUUGAGCAAGGCCCUUAACCCUCAACUGCUCUGAUGUAUGAUGAGAUAAAAAUGUAAGUC